UCUUGCGGCCCCUCGCCGUUUAGGUCACCUUCCGGGCGGGUUUGAAUCCGCUGGGGACUAGAUUCAGGUGGGUUAGUGCGACUCGAUCCGGUGAGUCCCCGGACUCGACGCGAUGAUGCUGAUAAGCGUUUGCUGUCGAGGCGGCGGCUCACUCCGUGCUCCUUGGUGAUGUCGAAUCGGUGGUUGCUGGAUGUGGUUUUGAUCGUGCGGUGGUGCCACAUACAACUUGUUCGAUUAACUUCGGCUCGUGCUUGUGAAUUGGGCGCGUCUGUUCAUGCGGAUCUCUCUCUCUGUUACUGAUCAGUAGCAGGCCUAUUGCAGGGUUAAAUGGCAAAUAGAGCAAGAUGGAUGAUGAAGUACGAAAAGGGUCUUGUUGAUAUACUUCAUGAGAACAAUAAUUCACACUAUCGUACCCCAAACGGUUGGAGAACCGAUGGGUGGAGGAAAAUUGUUAGGGAUUUCACUGUGAGGUACCCUGAAGCAAAGUUUAGUAAACCGCAAAUCCAGGAACAUGAGACUCAAUUGAAGAAAGACUAUAAAUUGAUAAAAUCUGUCCUCCAACGUGAUGGCGUCUCAUGGGACCAGAGUGCAUCCAUGGUUAGAGCAACAGAUGAAAUCUGGGAUGAGAUAAUCGAGGAAAUGCCCAAGGCACGAAAGUACCAAAGCAAGAGCUUUCCGUUGCUUGACUCACUUGAGCUGUUAUUUGAUGGUCCUAUUCCUGAAGGGGAACAGAAAUCGCCUUCCAGCAUACCUCAGAAUGUUGGUGGAAAUGACGAUGGAGGCAACAAUAUUAGCACAGUCCCAGGCUUGUCUGAAAGACCUAGUGGUGCCUCAUGGGACAAGAGUGCAUGGAAUAAUAUUAGCUUACUUCAGCAGACAGCAUUAGGACCCCAAGGUAUAGACGAUAUCGACAUGCUGCAAAAUCGUGAUGAAGAGGUGCUGGAGCUACUACAACAUGGUGCGGACCGAAGGCCACAAAGAGCUGAUGAACAGGCACAGUCAAGUUCUUGUGUAGAACUACAGAGAGACAGGCGCAAGAAGCGGAAGGUCCCAGACGUCCAGCAGAUCAUGGAGACCUACUUGAAUUUCAGAAUGAAGCAAGCUCGCGUCAAAGAACAAAGAGCAAAGGAUGUUGAUCAGUUCACGAUUUCUAGCUGUAUCAAGGCUCUGCACCCUAUGCCAGAUGUGUCGGAUGAGGUCAAGGUAUUAGCCUCUGAUGUUUUCAAGGACCCUGAGAACAGGGAGAUCUUUCUUUCCUAUGAACCUAGGCUGCGCACCUUGUGGCUGAAGAGAGAAGUUGGCAAGCUACUCUCCUGAUAGUGGUCUUAGCCUCUUAGGUUGGUCUGUUGGUGUGGAGAAGUGGCAGCCCUUGCUUGUUCUUGUUUGUUGUCAGUCAUCGAUUCUGGAGGUUGCUAUUUUAGGCCUAGGCUUCAUUAUAACAAACUCUGUUAGUAAUUUUAACUUGUUCCAUGUGCAGUGCGUCACUGUGCUUCCUGAGAUGUAGUCAUUCAUGACCAAUGUUGUGCUUGCGGCGUGUAGUGCUUCCAAAA